AUGGCCCGCGGUCGGAAACCCAAAAACACCGUUGCAGGAGCCGCAUCAGCUGCUCAGUCCAGGCUAUCCUUCAACAACAGUUCAGCCAAGGUCACCAAAUCAUCGACCCGUGCAAACAAUGCAGAUAAGAAAGCUGAAACACUGAAGAUCUCAGAGCCAGUGCCGUCGCGGCUAAGAGAAGAAGUCAGUGCAGAUGUCGAACUCACCCCGGAGCCGGAGGUCAAGGAAGUGGAUGUCGUGAUCCGAGAGUCACCGCGCAAAGCAAAGUCACCUAAAAAGAUAGAUGCACUCGUGAGAGAUGAGCGCGAGGUGGCAGCAGAAAAAGUCACAGAUGCUCAGAUCAAGCGCUAUUGGAAAGCUGAGGAGGAUGGUCGAUUGGCACCAAGAGUUCACCAAUCCUCCCUCUCACUGCAUGAGAAGAUCCUGCGCCAUUUCGAUCUCUCCUCACAAUACGGCCCGUGCAUCGGUAUCCCACGCCUGGCACGGUGGAAGCGAGCAAACAUGCUGGGAUUGGAGCCACCGACUGAAGUCCUCGCUGUGCUACUGCGUGAAGAGAACAGUAAGACGAGUCAAGGCUGUGGGAAGAUUGCCUACAUCGAUGAACUGGGUGGCGGCAAGGCUGUCUUGGUCGAGUAA